GAUAUAGAAGUUCGAUACGACAAGUGGAAGUUCUUUAAGCUGUUAUAUAACAACUGAUUCGUGAUUUGUGUUGAUUUAGACCCGACUGCUGUGACGAAUAGAAUAGAAGCAAAUACUUGGUUAAGGAUAUAUCAAUAAACAGUAUGCACAUUGUCAGUUAAAUUGUCAUAAGAAUUUGUGACUCAGAGUAGUGCAUGCGAACAAUCAUGCUUAAAAAGGAAUUUAUAAUUUUGCUUUUAGUUACCUUUACAGGUAUAAGAUGUUCAAUUCUAGAUGAAUUAUUCCGGAACAUGACGUCAGACUACCAGGCAGAAACAAGACCGAUGUGUAAAGCAUCGUCCAUCACAGAAGUGUACAUUGACUUUGCAUUAAGACAAAUUGUUGAUCUAGAAGAGCCAAGACAAUUUUUGAAUUCUAUUCUAUGGGUUCGAAUGGAAUGGGAAGAUUGUAGGUUAAAAUGGAAUGCCAGUAAUUUCGAAGGAAUAAAUGACAUCAUUGUUCCACAGAAUAAAGUCUGGGUGCCAGAUCUCACCUUAUAUGAUAAUGCAGCAGCAGACAAAUUGUCUGGGAUAGAUGAUUAUAACUUGGCCAUACAUAGUAAUGGUGUAAUCAAGUUCAACUUUCCUUCAUUGCUGAGAAGCGUUUGUGCUGUAGAUGUCACACAUUUCCCAUUUGACUAUCAAGUGUGUAACCUCACAUUUGGUUCAUGGGCAUACAGUGGUAACCAAGUUAACGUCAUUAACAUAUCAACAAAGGCGGAUAUGUCGUCAUACGUUUUAAACUCGGAGUGGCAAGUUUUUGAUUGUCCAAUAGAUCGGCCAGUAACAUAUUAUGGGCAAGAUCCUUAUCCGACUUUGGUAGUACAACUACUUUUAGAGAGACGACCGUUAUUCUAUGCGCUUAAUUUGCUGUUUCCCUGUUUUCUUAUAUCAUCGGUGGCAGUGCUCGGAUUUUUACUGCCACCAGCAUCGGGGGAGAAAGUCAAUCUUGAGAUUACAGUGUUGCUGUCACUGGCUGUGUUCCAGUUGAUUGUCCUAGAGUUGAUGCCACCUAGCGGGAACGUGUCAUUCAUGGGUUUGUACUUUAUCAUUUCGAUGAUACUGGUCGGCUUCUCGUGUUUAACUACAGUUAUUGUGUUGAACAUUCACUUCAAAGGGUACGAGGUCCGACCUUUACCGAGAUGGGCAAGGCGUUUCGUGCUAAGACCGCUUGCACGUGUCAUGUGUGUUAAUAUCGAAGAACAAAAGACGCAUAUGUAUGCCGUACCAACGAAACGAAGAAAAUCAAGCGUCGUUGAACGAAAUGGAAUCCCGGAGCUCAAUGGUAAUGGAAGCUACAGGUUUCAUGCAUUCGACGAAAUUUCCUUAAAGAGAUUGUCUACAUCAAGUUCCCAUUUUGUUGAAACAGAACAACACAUUCAGAGCGCCAAUGAACAGCACGGAGUUCACGUGACCAAACAUUUGGUACCAAUUAUAGAAAAUAUCAGCGAGACGCUUGAAACGAUAAACAGACAACUUCAGGUUGAAAAAGAUCAGUUCUAUGCCGGGUUCGAGUGGCGGACACUUGCUUUGAUACUUGAUAGGUUAUUCAUGACACUCUAUAUUUCAUUUCUGAUGUGCGCAUGCGUAGCUUUAUCGCUGCAUUUUAUUAUUUUACAAAAAGCACCGGGAAAUUGGGGAUGAGAAGAAAUAAUUAAUAUCAUUUA